CAGAAUACCUAUUUGUCCGCAUCCGAGACCGACACCCCAGCGCCCGUAAGACCGGCGCCGCCCCCGAAAUCAUCAUCUGUUUCUUUUAUUCUCCUCAUUGUCCGACUUAAAUCCUGCCAUCUUGUGGCGAGCUGUCGGAUGGCGGAUGUGACCUAGAUUUCUUGUGGCUCAAUACCAUGACACGACCUAAGGUUGACCCUGACAAGAGGCAACGUACCGCCCAGGCAUGUGACUCUUGUAAGCGUAGGAAGCAAAAGUGCAACGGUUUGAAACCAUGCAGCACGUGUAUCAAGCGGAAUCUAGAUUGCUUAUACAUGCCAACAAACGGGGAGGCCGGAUCACAAGAACCCCUCGGGUCUCCGACCAAGCGUCGACACGUUGACGAUUCACCAAGGAUGUUAAAGUCUGAGCUGGAAUCACCCGAGUCGAGUCAGAAGCUCUUAGGGACCACCAGACCAUUUCUCGGCAACAAUGAUCGCGACUUCGACUCCCGCUCUCGUAUUAGUAGUGCCAGUGGAACGGCUGCAGACGAAGCCGAGCUUGUGUCUUUGCCCCGAAUGCUUAUGGAUUCGACAGGCAGGUUACUUUACGUCGGCGAGUCAGCAAGUCUAUCAUACCUGCAGUUAAUUCGUAUGAUUGUUGAAAACGUCUCUGGGCAUUCCGAUUUCACCACUGACCCGCUGAGACAUAAUAUCUUGGAAAAUACUACUCAGCUUCCGCCAGGCACAAGAGCAACGGGAGUUCUUCCAAACAAGAAGACGGCUGAUAUACUAGUCCAUUCAUUUUUCACCAAUACGCCCGGCUUCAUUGAAGUGUUGAAUCAGAAAGACUUCCUUCAAUCAGUAGAGGAGUGCUAUAAUGAGCCUCUUCGCAUUAGCGAACCCCUACUAUGUAUCCUAAACCUGGUCUUUGCUAUAGGCCUAGUCACGGCUCGCCCAAUACAGGGAACCAGCGAAGCGACGGUGAUACAAAACCUAUACUCAGAACCUAUUGACCGUGCCGAGUUAUUCUUUCGUAAUGCUAAGGACCUCUAUGACCCAGUGUCCGGGUUCGAGGAUGCCGACUUCUGGUCAAUACAGGCCCUCCUUUUGAUGUCUCUCUACAUGUUGAUAAUAUCAAGAAGAAAUACUUCAUACGUCUACAUGGGAAUGGCAGUCCGGUCGGCAUUUGCAAUGGGACUACAUAGAGAAGAAAGCAUGGUAAUCUUUUCGGCGCCCGAGGGUUGUCUUCGAAGGAACGUGUGGAGAACUCUGUUUGUCCUAGAUCGAUUCCUAGCAGCAUGUCUGGGUCGUCCUAUUUCCAUAUCAGAGGAAGAUUGCUCGGAGCAUGCACUGAAACCGCCAGAUAGCCCGAGGGUUGACGAGCCCGCGAUGAGCGACGAGACACAGAUAACAAACUCAGUGGCAUUGGAUGCCUCUGUGCGAAGUUGUUAUUUGAUUGGAUCAACUUUGAAAAAAGUCUAUUCCAAGAGAAAAGUGUCAACUUUGGUGGCCCAGGAGAUUGCAGAGCUCCUCGAGAAAUGGGAGCAAGAACUGCAUGAGAAUCUCCAUUGCGCACGACUUAUGAAUGGAUCAAUUGAUCCAGCACAGGCCGUUGCUAUCCUCCACGUCAAUCUUCUGCAUUGCCACUCCGUACUACUCCUAACGAGACCUUUUUUUCUGUAUCUUCUCAAAAUGGGAUGCCAUGAGAUAUCUAGGAGUUCUCAAAAACCGCCUCAUGUCAGUCAAAGAUUGGAAAAGUUUUCUCAAGCCUGCGUUGAAGCUUCGGAGCGUACGAUAAUUCUAGCACGACUUGCGUUAGAUUCCGACUAUUUGUCUCAAUGUAAUCCAUUUAUAAUUCAUUUUGUCUUCUCGGCGGCCCUCAUCAUAAUGAGCAACGAGUUUGCCUCUUUGUACCAUAACCCGGAUGCGGAACAGUCUAUUCAGAGUGCUUUGUUGAUACUUGGGUAUUGUGGGAAGAAGGACGCCCAGGCUAAGCGAGUCUCUUAUAUCAUCGAGACCUUCCACGAAGCGAAUAUGCAGCGACCGUCGACGGCCAAGAAAGUAUAUUUGCCUGGCCGCAAGAUCCCGACCUUGUUAGCGGCCUCUCAAGUAUUCCACCAACCUGGGCCUUUGUCACCCUUCUUUCGCCACGUCAAACCCGAACGACAGGAUAUAUACAUGAGCGACAUGUCCCCAAAGAAAGAUCGAAAUGUGAUGAACUUAUCGACAGCACCAUCAGAACCUUCCGUACGUCCUAUGAUGCAUUCAGCCCUCCAGCAACCCAGCCCUGAAGGGAGCGUGUCGCUGAGCAGCAACAUUGUAGCUACGAGUAUGGCGCCGGGAAUGGAGACAAUGAGCAGUAGUGACCCAGAGUUUGAUUUUGACAGCUUAUGGCAAGGUUGGAGUACUGUACCAACUACAACCAGUAGUAUGGGCAUUCCACACCCAAUGCACCCAGUUGAAGCUUAUGGGUCUUACGGGCUUCAGCAGCCGACUAUACCGCAAGGGGACGGUCUUCACCCUCAUUUACCGCCGUACCCGCCUUCGGACUACCGGUAAACAAGAUUUCCCUAUCAUAAGAUCGGAUCAGGCGAAAGGAGGAGACGGUGAGCUUUGAUGCACAUUCGUACGGGGCGUGUGGAUAUCUAA